UCCGCUCGGCUCGAUCCACGACGGAACACCGAGAAAAGAAUCUGCAGCAUCGCGCGGCGCGGGUGACCGGCCGGCGGGGCGCCAAAACCCUACGACUACGCGGCCACGCCUCGCCCCCGCGCGCCCUCCCCUUUCCCCUCCCUCCCCCCUCCCACCCGCGGCCCCAGCCAAAGCUGACCACCACCACCACCGGCGAAUUCGAAGGAGCUAAAGCGGCAGACGAUGACGUCGUGGUGCGACAGCUUGGCGCCGCCGCCCCGCGUCCUCAUUGCCCCACGUCCUUCUGAUGCCAAUGGUCAAGGAAAUGUUUUGUCACUUCGCCAUCCAAGAUCAGGAGAUGCAACGGGGUAUCUCUUUCUUGAUGGUCAGCUUCAUGAAAUUAAUUGGUUUAAGGAGCGUUACGGCGCUUGGUUCUUGGGAGAUUAUGUUUGUGAAGAUGGUGGCCUCUAUUAUUGCACUCUUGUUGAUCCCAUCUUCGUUUUUCUACCAACCUUUGAAGCUGCACGUAUGUCGAAUGGCAAUGAUCCAGGAAAAUUCAGACAACUGGAUGAAAUAUUGUAUGUCGAGGGAUGUCCUGGAUAUCAGCAGCUCAUGGGUGUAGCUGGGCACCACAUGGAAUUGGUUUGUGAAGUAAAAGGUAGAUGUCUAACAUGUUUCAUUGUAAUAUACCAUAUCAAGCUGCUGUUUUCCAUCAGGUUGUGCUGCCAUGCACAUGUUCAUUUGCUCCUUGUUUCUGAAGUAGCCAAUAUGAAGUUCUUUAGGCUGGAUGAUUCCAAGGUCUUAUCUUGGUUGUGCUGUAAGGUACACAACCUAAAAGAAGUCUUCCCCAAGUUGGGUAAGAAUUAUGCUGCCCAAGGAGAAAAAGAAAUAUUAAAGGAGGCUGUCCAAAUGAUUCGUGAAUACCUGAAGGACGAACCAUGGUUAGCUUUACUCUGCAAGAAAUUGCGGUUGGAUAUCAAUGAGAUCAUCGAUACGACGACGAAAACUACUGAAGCUUCAUUUUGCGUGGAGAAUUCUCCCGCACCUGCUUGUCCCUCUGAUAGUAAGGUGGCAUAUGGCAGUGCCACGUCAAGUAAAGGGAGGUCCGCCAAGAAACCAAAGACCGAGGUAGGAUCCAAGAACAUCAAAGACAUGUUCCGAAGGGUCACAAGGAGCGGAACAGGAUCAUGACUUCAGACUCCUCCCUUGUAACCUUGGUCUGAUUGAAGCCUCACAUGGCAGUUAAUGUCCUUGGAGAUGCCAAAUUAUCAUCUUAGACAUGCCAUUUUUUGGUUCUCAGCCGAGCAAUCGCUUCGUGAAAUACUGAAAUCUAUGUAUUUAAGCUGCAGAACGAUUCAUGCAGUUGAACGACUAACUAUUGAUUAGCAUUGUAAUAUUAAUAUGAUGAUUCGGGCAGUGAACGCUGCUAGUCUGCUACCUACUGUGUAUAUAUUUACCAUCCAAAUAUUAUUCUAAUUAAUCA